CUCCUAUCCCAUCGCACUAGAAGAGCAUGAAGUUCUUCACCUUGCUCCCUCUCAGUCUGUCACUCUGCACCGCAGCCACGGCUCCUCCAUCAGACCAACAACCGCUCCGCCGGCCAGACGAGCAGCAGCGUCUGCCGCCUCACCCACCCCCCGGCCACCUCCCCGUCAUGAUGGGCUCCUCAAACGACAACGACAGCCAAGUCCAGCCCGCCGUCCUGCUCUACGACAUCCUCGGCACCCAGCGCUCCCUCACCACCUUCUUCUCCCUCACGCGCAUGCACGAGUCCACGAGCGAGCCCCUCUCCGACGCAAACACAAACACCACCGUCCUGGCGCCGGGCAACGUCGUCAUCGACGACCUGCCGCGGAAGCCCUGGGAGAACCCGAGCGACUACGCUGCCUUGGGGGAGCAGGCCUACGAUGGCUCCGGGGGCAAAGAUCGCGCCGACGACAACUUGCGCAGGUUUGUCGAGGCGCAUCUUGUCGUCGGGACGAGUCCCUGGGAGGCUGGCGUCAAGGCAAAGACUGCUGCGGGGACGGAGGUGUGGUGGGAGGCGAAGAAGGACAAGGACGGCAAUGAGCAGAGGGUGAUUAUGCCGGAUGAGGUGCAAGUAGACCGGGUUGCCAGCCGCGUUGCAAAUGGCGAGGUUUGGAUCUUGAAAGGCGUCUUGAAUUACGCUUAAUGACAUGAUGAUACAUUUUUCUUCACUUUUUUAUGACACGACUGUAUCCGAAAUUGUUUAUUCUUGUUCUUUAGCAGCGCGUUUUUACAUAGUGUUAAUUUGGCUAUAACAAGCCAAGCCCUAGCUUUGGCGAUACAUGGAUAUAUUUUUACUUGCGUAAAAUUUAUGCAAGGUCAUCCUU